UGAAAUUCUAAAACCUUAUGGGGUCAACAGUGUAGUGGAAGAGAGUGGAGGGAACACCUGAAACUUUCAGGUUUUGUUUCGCCGGCGGAGAAGAUAAUCGGGGGUUCGGAGAUGGAGAGAAUACACGUCUCAGUCAGAUCUCGUCCGAUUUCCACGGAGGACGCGAUGAAGAGUCCGUGGAAGAUCUCUUCGGAUUCGAUUUUCAUGCCCAAUCAAUCUUUUUUCUUCGAUAGGAUUCUCGGAGAAGAUUGUAAAACCGCUCAAGUGUAUGAAACUCGGACGAAGGAUAUCGUCGCUGCUGCCGUUCGGGGAUUCAACGGAACCGUCUUUGCUUAUGGUCAAACGAACAGUGGGAAGACGCAUACGAUGCGAGGCUCACAGAGUGAACCAGGAAUCAUCCCUCUUGCUGUUCAUGAUUUGUUUGAGAAUGUAUAUCAGGAUGCAAGCAGGGAUUUUCUAUUGCGUAUGUCGUACCUCGAGAUUUAUAACGAAGAUAUAAACGAUCUCUUGGCUCCUGAACACCGCAAACUGCAGAUUCAUGAGAAUCUAGAGAAAGGAAUCUUUGUGGCUGGACUACGAGAACAAAUUGUCGCUUCCCCUCAACAAGUCCUUGAAAUAAUGGAAUUUGGAGAAUCUCAUCGGCAUAUUGGGGAGACAAAUAUGAAUGCUCACAGUAGCAGAUCUCACACUAUUUUCCGCAUGAUUAUAGAAAGUAGUCAGAAGACGCAAGACGAAGGUGUUGGAAAUGCCUGUGAUGCAGUCCGUGUUUCUGUUCUGAAUUUAGUGGAUCUAGCUGGUUCGGAACGGGCUUCAAAAACAGGUGCAGAGGGUGUUAGGCUGAAGGAAGGCUCACAUAUAAAUAAGAGCUUGAUGACACUCGGGACUGUAAUUACAAAACUGAGUGAAGGAGUUGAAAAUCGAGGUGGUCAUGUUCCGUACCGAGACAGCAAGCUUACAAGGAUCUUGCAACCCGCUUUAGGUGGAAAUGCAAAUACAGCUAUCAUAUGCAAUAUAACACUUGCACCAAUCCAUGCAGAUGAAACCAAGAGCACUCUUCAGUUUGCUAGCCGAGCACUACGUGUCACUAAUUGUGCCCAUGUCAACGAGAUAUCGACUGAUGCUGCUUUGUUAAAGCGCCAAAAGAAGGAAAUCGAGGAGCACAGAUCCAAACCAAAGACUUCUCACUCUGACCAUUCGGACGAAGAUAUUCUUAACUUGCGCAACACCUUGUUGAAGUCUGAAUUAGAAAGAGAGCGGAUAGCAAUGGAACUAAAUGAGGAGAAAAAGGCACAAGCUCAGAGGGAAAAAGUUCUGCAAGAGCAAGCAAAGAAAAUUGAGAACUUGAGUUCACUGGUUCUUUUUUCGAAUAGAGAUGAGAAGCGUGAGCCGGAUCACUUUAAGAAGGGAAAGAGGAGGGAUACAUGGGGUACUGGUCACCUUUCACGGGACUCCUCCACGUCAGAGGAUCAUUCUCAUGGCUUGUCAAGGGGAUCCUCUCUUAAAUCUGAAAGAUCCGAAAACAAACGUUUAUGUAGCAUCAGCGAGCAAGAUGAAAAUAGUGUCGAUGAAACCCUUGAAGAUUCUGCACUUCCAGAUCCAUGUGCUUUAGUGCAUGUGACUAGGAGAAAGAAACCAUCAUCAAUCAGGCAGAAAACUCGGGAAUAUGAGGAUCUUUUCUUGCAAUAUGAAACAUCAAUCAGGCAGAAAACUCGGGAAUAUGAGGAUCUUUUCUUGCAAUAUGAAACUGAGAGAAUCACCAACGGAAUACAAAUUGAGUACCUUAAGGCAAAGUUUUUGGGGGAAAAUGAUUUAUCUGGUGAAGCAACAUGCAAGCAUUUAUAUUGUCGAGUCGCUGGUAAUGUGCAUCGGGAUGAAAGCAAUGUGCAUCUUAGGGAUCCAGAGGAUAUUCUUCUCAUUAAGCAACUCCAAGAGAAGAUAAACAUGCUGGAAACUGAGAAAUCUUCAAGCAAGAAAAAUCUUGAUGAUCUUGUUAGGUUAGCUACUGUGCAGACUACAUGUGCCAGGGAAAAAAUUGCUGAGAUUGAAGAAGAGAUUCAUGCUGCUAGAGAAGAGGCCCAGAUUGCUCGCGAUCAACUUAUGUCCAACGAAUCUGAAGUCAAUCAUGUGCUUAAGGAUAAUUUUAACUCUCUGGUCAGCGUCGCAACAGAAGUUGAAGUCUUAGCAUCUGAGUUACAAAAGUGUAAAGCAUCGCUGGAAACCAUAUCCUUAGUUAUGGAUGAGGGUCUCCAAGAUUUUGCUUUCUUCUCUCCUUUGAUACAUGAUUUCACAUUGAAUAUGCGCCAAAGUUUUGAGCAGCAGGCUUCACAUAUCAGCAGCUAUCAAAAUGUCCAAUCUUGUCUGAGACAAAAAGUUGUUGACAUUGAGAAUGAGUGUGCUGGUCUGCAGAGCCAAAUAGAAGAACUAAGUCAAGAAGCCCACAAGCAUGGAACUUCUCUAAUGAUGCUCUCAGAACACCAUGAGUCGGAGAGGUCGUAUCUCCUCUCUCUCAUAGAAUCUCUUGAGAAGAAUGUAGCGAGUCUGUCAACCUCUUCUGAGAAGACGAAAACAAAGCUAGAAGAUACUGAAUCGAAGCUUAAGAAUGCCAUGCAGGAUAAAACUAAACUAGAGAUGCUCUCAGAACACCAUGAGUCGAAAAAGUUGGAUCUCCUCUCUCGCAUAGAAUGUCUUGAGAAGAAUAUAGCGAGUCUGUCAACCUCUUCUGAGAAGACGAAAACAAAGCUAAAAGAUACUGAAUCGAAGCUUAAGAAUGCCAUGCAGGAUAAAUCGAAGCUAGAGAUGCUCUCAGAACACCAUGAGUCGGAGAGGUCGUAUCUCCUCUCUCUCAUUGAAUCUCUUGAGAAGAAUAUAGCGAGUCUGUCAACCUCUUCUGAGAAGACGAAAACAAAGCUAGAAGAUACUGAAUCGAAGCUUAAGAAUGCCAUGCAGGAUAAAACUAAACUAGAGGAAGAUUUUCACAACCUUGAAACAAAAUUUGCUUCAUUGGAGGAGGAACUUGCUGCUGAACGUGAAGAAAAAGAGAAAGCAAUAUGGAGCUCGAAAGAAAAAACUUUGUCAGACGCCAAGUAUCUAGAGAAGGGCAAUAUAACACUUGCAGCAAUCCAUGCAGAUGAAACCGAGAGCACUCUUCAAUUUGCUAGCCGAGCACUACGUGUCACUAAUUGUGCCUUUUCAACGAGAUAUCGACUGAUGCUGUUCGUAUAAGGAGACAGCUUUGGACUGCUCAAGAAGAAGAAAUGCUCAUGCGAGGAGUGGAGAAAUUUGCACCAGAAGUAAGAAAGAAGAUGCCAUGGAGCAAAAUUCUUCAAAUGGGGAAGACGGUGUUCCACCCCACACGUGUUUCAUCUGAUCUCAAGGAUAAAUGGAAGAGGAUGAUGAAUGCUAGACAGAUCACUAACUCUCCAGAGCUUUUAUGAUGUAAAAACCACUUAGUUGCUCAUUAACCCAGAUCUUUGCUGUUAAUAAAAGUAUAAAUAGCCGAUUCAAAACUA